GCUGAGGCAUCAACAUAUACACAUCCAACCCAUUUAGUCAACAUGGGAAAGAAGAAGAGGCCGCAGGUCUUUGUACUGAAGCCAUGGUGCUGGUACUGCGAGCGCGAGUUUGAGGAUGACAAGGUCCUGCUGCAGCAUCAGAAGUCGAAGCACUUCAAGUGCCAGCUGUGUCCGCGUAAGCUCAACACUGCUGGUGGUCUCAUGGUCCACUCGCAACAGGUGCACAAAUGCGAGCCCGAGCCGCUCACAAACACUCUGCCUGGGCGUGACGGAUACGACAUUGAGAUCUUCGGGAUGGAGGGAGUGCCGACCAACGCGUUGGCGGAGUGGAAGGCGCGCAAGGAGCAGGAGGCUGGCGCCGCGGCUCUUGUACAGCAGGCUGAGCGCAAACGCCCUCGUCACCAGUACACCGUCAUCCCGGAGGCAGACCUGAUGGCCGCACUCGCACAGCACAAGGCGCUCAUGGCGGCGCGGCGGUUGGCAAACAAGCAGAACCUGGGCGCGCCGCCUCCUGUUGUUCCGCCCCCUUUCCCGCCGGCUGGCUUGCCUCCCUUCCCUCCUGCAAUGCCUCCUCCCUUCCCAGGUCGUCCACCAUUCAUGCCCGGCGGGCCACCACCAUUCCCGCUCCCUGGUGUUGGUAUGCCUCCGGGAAAUGGCGGGCCACCUCCGCCGCCGUUUCCCCCCCGCCAGACCGGCGCGCCACCCCCUGCCUUUGUUCCGCAGACUGCCCUGUCCCAGCCGACCACCGUCACUCCAAAAGACGGUGUCUUCUGGCCGGACAACAACCACACGCCGGCCGAGCUGCGCGCGCAACUGCCAAAGUACAGGUAUACGGAGAGCGAGACUGGGCAAAAGCGCAAGGCGGCGGCCGACUUCCUGUAGACUGGAUUGAGAGACCAUGUAUUCUACUACAGCAUGCUGGGCGUCGUCCACUCGUCUACGACGGCGUACAGUUCGCGCGAGAGGCGGCGCUGAAUCUCUUCCGCGCUCUCCGUUCUGCUAGGCGCAACAGCACGCACAGCGACAUAUCGUCGGCACAUGAGCACCUCACCGAUAGGCGCAUCGCGUGCAAAUUCUUCCUUGCCACCUUGAAGGAAAGCGCCGGCCUCCUUGAGAAUAAUGGCGGCGGCCUGCUAUCAGCUCCACAUGCACAGCCUU